UCGACUCGUGCAUUUCCACAUGCUGGAUGAUUUUUUUUCUAAAUAUACUUGGGAUCCAUGACUGCGCUUGUCCCGAGGGAGACGCUAAGCGCAUCGUGCGUGCAUUACCAAAGAAGGGCUCUGAAUUUCAAAUCAGAGCUCCUAGCGGGACGGGCGACUAUGUUUGGGGUAUUUACGCGAGAUAUUUGGUUUCUUCAAUCCGGGUAUUUGGGAUUCACGUAGCGAUUCUUGCCGUCACUAUAGGGUUAUGGGUAUGGUGGCAGAUAAAGCAUCCAGACGACCUGCAGGAGGCAUUUGUUCCUGUCACCGUUGCGGGCAUCUGCAUAUCUACAUUCGGGGCUAGUACGGGGAUCUUGAAAGGCAUGCGAUGAAAAUCUGAUGUUGGUGAUUUUGGAGGCACGCUACAUUUGGAAAGCUGACCAGUCAAUGAAUUUGAUUCUAUGCUUUGAUGUUCCGCAACUCUGAAUGGACACACUAUCUGUUUACAAACUAAUACACACCCCAUAAUCAUCCAUACUA